AGGGUUGGAGCUGAAGCCAGGCGCGGCGUUCGUCCACGGCCCCGGCCCCGCGCGCUCCCGCCUCCGGAUUACCCAGGCUGUGCUGGGUAGUUGUGAUCAUUUUGGUUGGAGUAUGCUACAAUUUGAUAACAGUGACAAUGAGCUUGUAUGGCUCUGUGCUUUAAAUCCUACGCUUGCCCCGACAUGUAGCUUAGAGCUAGAAUUAAAGGAGGAUGAGAAUGUUCACUUAUCAGUUGUUGGGCAGAGCUCAAUACACCUAUCCGGAUACUACUACAAUAAAAUGCAUCAAGAUAUUUCUGAGAAGGGAAAGUUGAAGACACCAAAAAUAGAGGAUGUACUAAGCGGUCAAAGUAAUGAUAUGGAUCAAGUGAAUGAACAAAAAUGCUCUAAAUUCGUGGAAUCUAUUACAAUUGAUGAUGCAAAGCCAACUCAAGGUCCCCAAAAUUCCAUGGAAGAAAAUGUUCUCGAUGGUACUGCAGCUACCAUAACAUUAGUAUUGUUUUACAUACAUGAUGAAUCUUGUGCUUGUUAUAAGGACAUGGAAUAUAUGGCUAGUUUUCUCAAUCGUUUGAUUUAUUCUCCAUUCAUGGAACUUCUAGGACAUGGAAUUAAACCUAUGGAUAAACCGCAUACCAAAUAUAAUAUGGAUGAGUGAUUUUUGU